AUGACAGACGAUGCGAAUACUAUUAUUACUCCUCCUCCUCCUCCUGUUGCGGACGAAGAGAGAGAGUCUUCUUCUUCUUCUUCUUCUUUCGCUGGGAGGAGUGACGAUUCAGACGACGACCGAGACGAAGAAGAAGAAGAAAAAGACGAGAAGAAAAAGAGCAAAAGAAUAGCGGUGUAUCUUCGAUUGAAGCCAUCUCACGAUCAUCUCUCGAAACGAGUGCGCGUGGAAGAACGCGAAGGAGAGGACGACGAAAAGAAAAAGAUGGUAUCGUUCGACUGCGAGGAGGACGAACAGGAGGACGAGGAGAAGGAGAGUGCUUCUGCUGCUGCUGCGAGUAAAAAAUACGCGAAGAGAGGAAGUCAGAUGUUUACCUUCUUCGAUGAAAUCUUGGACGAAAACGCGUCGCAGGAAGAUACUUUCGAUGUGUGCGCGAGAAACGUCGUUUUGAACUGUUUAGAUGGCGUCAACGGAACGAUAUUCGCGUACGGGCAAACCGGGUCCGGGAAGACGCAUACGAUCACCGGCGGGAACGACGGCGCGUUUGAGAAUCGAGGAAUAAUUCCGAGGAGUUUAGAAACGGUAUUUCGAGAGAUGGAGAAGAGAAAGAGAAAGGAAGAGGAGAAAAACGGGAACAAAGUGGUCACGUUUGACGCGACGUGCGAGUACGUGGAGGUGUAUAACGAGCAAGCGUACGAUUUGUUAGGGAGGCAUGAUUUGAACAUGUCGUCUAUGUUUUUGCGGGGAGGCGUCGAGGAAUGUUCACGCGAUGGUAAUAAUAAUGAUGAUGAUGAUGUCAAUGCUAAAGAUGAUGAUAUGAAUGAAGCAGAAAUGUUUCAAGUGUCGAGGGAAAUUGGCAACAAUCGCAUCGAUCUAGAACCAUCGUCAUCGAGAAACCAGCAACAACAACAACAUCAACUUCAUUUACCUCGAGUUUAUCUUCAAGAAGACGAAAAGAAAACGUUCCAUUUGAAAGGCAUAUCCACGCAUAGAAUUUGCAGCGAAGAAGAAGCGAUGGAUUUACUCUUUGCCGGCGAUGCGAAUCGCGCAGUUGCUGAAACGCCGCUAAACUUAGCAUCGAGUCGUUCCCAUUGCGUGUUCACAAUCACGAUCGAGAAACGAACGUCCGGCGACGAUACUCUACAAAGAGCAAAGUUGAACAUUGUCGAUCUCGCUGGUUCCGAACGAGUCUCAAAAACAAAAAUAGACGGUUCCGUGCUCACAGAAGCUAAGCAUAUUAACUUAUCCUUGCACUAUCUCGAACGAGUCAUCGUCGCUUUGCAAGAGCAACAACUACUUCGACGAAGAAAAAACGACGCCAACGCUACGUAUCACGUGCCGUAUCGGAAUUCAAUAGUAACAUGCAUGCUUCGAGAUUCGCUCGGAGGUAACUGUAACACCGUCAUGAUUGCGACGUGUUCGCACGACGAAGCGCAAUUAACUGAAAACGUGGCGACGUGCAGAUUUGCGCAACGCGUAUCGUGCGUCACGAACGAGUAUCACGUAAACCAAGAAAUCGUCCCUGAGUUGGUGAUUAAACGUUUACGAGCAGAGAACGCCCGUCUAAUAGAAGAACUGAACGCGCUGAAAGAAGCGUACGCAAUCUUAGAGAGGAAGGUUUUAGUUACAUGCGGUGAUGAUGAUGAUGAUGAUGAUGAUGAUGGUAAAAGUGCAAGUUUGAAACCUUCUCAAGUUACUGCUCUCUCUAUUGAACGGAAAGAAGAAAAAGAAGAAGAAGAAGAAGAAGAAGAAGAAGAAGAAGAAGAAGAAGAAGAAGAAGGAGGUGAUGAUGAUGAUGAUAAUACUGCUGAAACAAGCGACGACGACGACGACGACAACGACAACGGCGCUGGUGAGCAUGAUGCCGACAUGAACGACGCGCGCGAACAGAUCCAAGCAGCAGAAAAUCCAAAUCCCGCGAAUCCUCUUCUCGACGACGACGCAGAAAACUUCGACCUCGACUACCAUCGCUCCCUUCUCCUCGACAAAAAGCUCGCUUUCUCCGCGUUCCUAUCCUCUUCUUCCUCGCACGUCCUCUCUCUUUCCCAAGCGAUAACCGCCAACGAGCAAAAAAAAUCCUCCACCCUCGCCGUCGCCGCUCUCGUCCGCGAUCGCGUCCUCCAACUCAAACUCGACUUCGCCAACCUCCGUCAAUCCAUCCAAUCCACUCGAAUACAAAAAGAAGCGUCGCGCUUAAAUCCAUCCUCCCAAUUCUCCUUCUCCGAACGCGCGAUCCACGAGCGUAAACUCCUCGAACAAAUCAAAACAAAAAAAACCGAACACUCAAACGCGGUGAAAGAACUUCGCGAACUCAAAGGCGUCGUCGCCGUCGUCUCCAAGUUGAUCGAGAAAAGUCGCUUUGGAUUGAGAGAUUCGUUUGAAACGUGGUUUCGAGAUUUAGAGAAAAAGUGUGCAAACGUCGCCAGGAGAAGAGCCGAGGAGAUUUUGCGAGGAUAA